AUAUGCCUCUACUCCACUUUUAAUGCUGUCGUAUUAGCGAAAAAUUUGAAAUUAGUUGAAUUAGCUUUUAUUCGCACGUCAAAGCCCAAGCGAAUAAGCCAAGCUUUGUUCCAUUGAGGUGGCCACUUUGGCUGUGUAAUGGGGAAGACCUGUUUGACAGCUCAAGCAUAACUGACUAAGCCGGAAUUUCCAAUUGUGAAUAUAAGCAUUGGCCGUGAAUUACUUAUCAACAAUUCAAUACGGGUUGUGUUGUGUUGUGUUCUGUUGUACUCGGUUGUGUUCUUUCAUUCAUCGCGCACAAUGUUAAAAUCAAGGCUUUUAAUCCUUUUAAUUUGCCUACAAGUUUAUAUUUGUACACAAAUAACAACUGUUGCCGGACAAAGUGUUGUUAGCCCUAUACCGGAGAGCAAUACCGUAUUUGUAGCGCCAAAAAAUGGUUUUAAAAAUCAAACAACUGCCGAUUUGGUAGCGUUUAGUGCUUUGAAUUUUGCACACAAUGUCGGCCUACUGCUAAACGAGGACAUGCAUUUGGGUCAGACAACUAUAUUUUCGCCAGUUAGCAUUAUGUCUUCAAUGGUCUUGCUGAUGUUGGGGUCGAAAGGUAGAAGCUUUGAGGAUUUAAGACAUAUCUUUCGCUUGGAUACGCCACCGCUAAGUGACAAUUUUAACGCUUUUCAUGCGGAAUUCGGUGCCAUGUUGCAGGAAAUGCAAGAUAACGCAAUUACGUUACAGUCGAGAAAUCGCGAUAAUUGGCGCAAUACGAAUGUGGCAUAUAGUAUAAGAAAUAAACCGAAAGUUAAAGUGGAAAAUGGCACUAAUGCAUUGAACUUGAUUAAAAUUGUAAAUGGUUUAUUUGUGAAAAAUGGUUAUGAAUUGAAUCCGACUUACAGAGAUGUUAUCAAUGCCAUUUACAAGUGUGACGUUAUGCCAUUGGACUUCAAAUUGCCCUUUGCGCGUGAUUAUAUCAAUGAUUGGGUUUAUAAAAAUACUUUUGGCAAAAUCUCUGGCAUCCUAACAGAUCAAAUACCCGCCGAUACGAAUGCCAUCAUCACGAGUGCGUUAUAUUUUAAAGGCUUUUGGGAUAAUCCAUUUCUUCAGGGUGCCACGGUGAUUGACAAUUUCUAUCCGGAUGGUGUUUUAAAUGAACCGAUUAAGGUACAAAUGAUGGCCACUGCUGGCCCAUAUCCAUACUAUUAUUCCCCUGAGGAUGACUGCCGCAUAAUUGGCUUACCAUAUGUCCACAACUACACGAGCAUGUACGUAAUACAACCAUUGAACUCGAGUCGUACUAGCUUAAGAAGACUAUUGAAAACUUUAAGCGCCGAAAAAAUAGAAGACAUGAUUGCAAAAAUGGUUUAUCAAAAUGCUAUCUUUGCAUUGCCAAAAAUGCAUUUCACACAAAAUAUUAAUAUGAAAAAAAUAUUCCGUGCACUCGGCAUUGCGGAUAUAUUCCCAAGUGCCGUGCGUAAUGACUUUCCACCUGCAAAUACGCAUAUAAGUGACUUAGCGCAAAGAACGUGGCCGCGUGUAAAGCAUAAUAUUGUCUUUCCCACAGAAGCAAACGCAAAUCUCUUUCAAAAGUCACCUGCUACACCCGCGGAACUGCUGAGAUUUUGGAGUUUCAAUCGAAAUGUGAGCGAAAAUCUACUCUCCGAUCUUUUUGUAGGCGAUAUUGUGCAUAAAGUCGACUUUGUCGUGGACGAAAAUGGCACAGAAGGUGCAGCAGCCACAGCGACGUAUCUCAAGCGUUCGGGCGGCAAUGUUCUAUUCAGAGCGGAUACACCGUUUUUGCUGUUGGUGCGUCAUGAUCCAACAAAGUUGCCGCUAUUUUAUGGCAUCAUUAAUUUGCCUGCGCCCAGUUUUAUUUGAGGAUAAUUACUUUUUAAAAACCUAUUUUAUUUAAAUAAUGCUGCCACUAUUCGUAAGUUUUUUUUAAAAGAUGGAAAAA